CUUACCUGCUGGAAAUACUGUGAAGUAUCAACAAUGAACUCGAUGUUAAUGUUAUUUUUUUCUGGAAUAGUUGCCUGUUGUGCUUACUCUACUGGUGAUUUGGUAUCGAGGUUACUCCUUGUGUCUUUUGAUGGCUUCAGGGCUGAUUACUUGGAAACCUAUAAACUUCCUCAUCUUCAGGAGUUCAUUGAGGAUGGUGUGCUUGUGAAACAAGUUACGAAUUCUUUCAUCACCAAGACUUUCCCAAACCAUUAUACCAUAGUGACAGGUUUAUAUGAAGAAAGCCAUGGCAUCGUGGCUAAUGACAUGUAUGACGCAGAUACCAAGAAAAAGUUUUCGCAGUUCAACGAUUCGGAUCCCUUCUGGUGGAAUGAGGCAGUUCCGAUUUGGGUAACAAAUCAACAGCAAGGAAAUAGAGCAAGUGCUGCUGCAAUGUGGCCUGGUACCGAUGUAAGAAUUAACAAUACGACCCCUCAAUUCUUUAUGAAGUAUAACUUUUCAGUAACGUUUGAGGAGAGAGCGGAGAAGAUUGUUGCAUGGCUGAACAGCUCUAAUCCAGUAGUCAGUUUUGCUACAUUAUACUGGGAAGAACCAGAUGCAAGCGGGCACAAGUAUGGACCAAAUGACACUGAGAACAUGCGCAAAGUAUUAGAAGAAGUGGAUAAUCAUAUUGGUUUCCUUACUAAUAAACUGAAGGCUUUAGGUUUGUGGGACACUAUUAACAUCAUAAUAACAAGUGAUCAUGGAAUGGCUUCCUGUUCUCCAGAGAAGCUGAUUAUCCUGGAUCACUGCAUUGGGCGCAAUAACUAUACUCUGAUAGACAAGAGUCCAGUUGCUGCAGUGCUGCCAAAGCAGAACAAGACAGUUGUGUAUAACUUACUGAAAAAAUGCAGCAGUCACAUGAAAGUAUAUCUCAAAGAAGAAAUUCCAGACAGAUUUCAUUAUCGUCAUAAUAAGAGAAUUCAACCCAUAAUUCUGGUUGCAGACGAAGGCUGGACAAUUGUACAAAACGAGUCACUUUCAAAAUUAGGCGACCAUGGCUAUGACAACGCUCUCCCAAGCAUGCAUCCGUUCCUGGCUGCUCGCGGGCCUGCUUUUCAUCGGGGUUACAAGCAGAGCACAAUGAACAAUGUUGAUAUUUACCCAAUGAUGUGCCACAUCCUGGGACUGACACCGCAGCCGCACAAUGGCACUUUCAGUAACACCAAGUGCUUGCUUGCUGACCAGUGGUGCAUAAAUCUUCCAGAAGCUAUUGGGAUAGUUAUUGGGGCUUUUAUGAUACUGACUACUUUCACCUGCGUUAUAAUAAUCUCAAAGAAUAGAGUAGCUCCCCCACGGCCGUUUUCCCGACUUCAGUUACAAUAUGAUGACGACGAUCCUUUAAUAGGAUAG